AUGUGUAUCAUCGUAGUUGAGGCUUUUUUCCUAAAGCAUCACCCAGAUGAGAAUAAUGAGAGGCAGCAGAUACACAAAAUUGUGAUUGGGUCAAAAGAGCCGCGAACCAUGAAUAGAGGCUGGCCGGCGGAUAAUCGGGGAAGGCCUGGAAAUAGAAUAAGACAAAGAUUUAGGUAUCCAUGGAGAUUAAGACCCACUAAAUCUGCGACUAUCAAAUCAAAUCCGGACAUUUGCAGAAACCACUCGAGGGUUUCCCGAGUGGGUGACGAGCCUGGACCGGUCGUGUGUUUGAGAAAGUCAGCACAUGACCUUUUGGUACAGUUAGGGUCUCUUGGAGGGUUAAACAAACGAUAUGCCGCUGUUAACAUCACUGACGCAUGUGGUUUUGAGGAUCUAACCACCUUUCCGGAGGGACAACCGAAGGCACCCGAGCAUGGUACGAAAAAACCCAAAGUAACGAACUCGACGGAAAGCACUAAGCACCAUGUAGCCAUGCAGCAAGCUGACGAAGGAAAACUCGAUGUGGAGCGCCUGAAAAGGAGCAUUCCCACCACUCCAGGCACAUUUAUCCGUGGGUGUCAGGGACGGGGUACAAUUCUAGAUGGCACCAAUUUGCACCGUUUAUGCACCGAAUGUUCAGCCACCACCCGUCUUGGUGACGAUCGGUUUCCAAGGUACAUCAACGAAGUAAUUUGCCAGGAUAGUGACCAUCAGUGUGCUGCAAAAAUGGGGCUUUGUUUCCAGAGGACACAUCUACUUUCUUUCUUGCGAUUUACAGGCAAGUUCGAGCUUGACAUUCAAAUGACUCACUUUGCUGGUAAGCCAGUGUAUAAGGAGGUGUGGGACUUCUACACACAGGAGAUUCGAUCAUGUUGUGAAUGCGAAAUGUACCCGGAUGUUUAUCGCGCGAUUGCGUCAAGAGGUGGAGAUGAUGACGAUGAUGACGAUGAUGACGAUGAUGACGAUAGAUAACAGCAAAGAUGAACGAGCAGAUGAGAGUUGAUCUUCUCAACCCCUUGCCGCACAUCAACUCUUAUCGUUGUUUUGUGCAUUUGCAAAUUGACAUGCAUAAAUUAUUUUCCAGUUGGUACGUCAUUGAUCGUUCCACUAAGCUUUAUUUAGGGACGGGUCAUUUUUUUUUAUCGUAUAACCGGCAGACAGCAAGUUCCAUUUUAUAACUGUACGACUACUGAGCUUGCUAAAAUGAAAUUUAA